CGGGGCGGCACUUCCGGGUCGGCCGCUGACAGGGCGGCGCCAUGUCGACGCUGUUCCCGUCGCUGCUGCCGCGCCUGACGGAGCCGCUGUGGUUCAACCUGGACCGGCCGUGCGGGGACGAGGGCGAGCUGCAGCAGCAGGAGCAGCAGCACCAGGCCUGGCUGCAGAGCAUCGCGGAGAAGGACAACAACCUGGUGCCCAUCGGGAAGCCGGCCUCCGAGCACUACGACGAGGAGGAGGAGGAGGACGACGAGGACGACGAGGACAGCGAAGAGGACUCUGAGGAUGACGAGGACAUGCAGGAUAUGGAUGAGAUGAACGACUACAACGAGUCCCCCGACGACGGGGAGAUCAACGAGGUGGACAUGGAGGGGGCCGAGCAGGACCAAGACCAGUGGAUGAUCUGAAACGGCCACGUCCUGACCGCACCGGAGAGGUCGAGGGGGGGGCUCCUGCCCCGCCGCCCGCCCUGGGGCCGGGCCCCAGGGGCUGCUCCCGCUGCUGCUGUGUCCCCCGGGGGCCGGCUGUGGAGCUGCCCGGGGGGCUGGGGGACACCGUGGUGGCACCGGCGAGCACGCGGCGCCGCUCGCAGCAGGGCGGGGGCACGCCAGCGACGUGACACUUUUUGUAAUAAACGCUUUUUUUUUCUAGGAAA